AUGGGUUUAAAGGCGGGACCGGUCCGUCAUCAAUGCCACCUCCCAACGCCUCUCUCUUUCUCUCUUAGCUACUUGCAGCAAAGAGCCGAUAGAAACUUGUCUCUCUCUGUCUCUUCCUCUCUAUCUGUUUUCUUGGUUGACAAAGAAAAUAGCCUGUAAUACAGAAAGAGUUUUGUCAGAUCAUUCUAAUCAUGGGGAUUUGCUUGAGUGCUCAGAUUAAAGCUGAGAGUCCAAGUAACACAGGUGCGAGUCCGAAGUAUAUGAGCUCAGAGGCAAAUGAUACACAGAGCAUGGGAAGCAAAGGCUCUUCUGUGUCGAUCAGAACAAACCCUCGAACCGAAGGAGAGAUCUUGCAAUCUCCAAACCUCAAAAGUUUUAGCUUCGCUGAGGUCAAAUCAGCAACUAGGAAUUUCAGACCAGACAGUGUUCUUGGUGAAGGUGGAUUCGGUUGUGUCUUUAAAGGAUGGAUUGAUGAGCAAUCUCUCACUGCGUCUAAACCGGGAACCGGUAUGGUUAUUGCUGUCAAAAGACUUAACCAAGAUGGUUGGCAAGGUCAUCAAGAAUGGCUGGCGGAAGUGGAUUACUUGGGGAAGUUUUCUCAUCCUAAUCUUGUGAAACUUAUCGGUUAUUGUUUAGAGGAUGAGCAACGUCUUCUUGUGUAUGAGUUCAUGCCACGUGGAAGCUUAGAGAAUCAUUUAUUCAGAAGAGGUUCUUACUUUGAACCAUUAUCUUGGACUCUCCGGUUAAGAGUUGCACUUGGUGCUGCAAAAGGCCUAGCUUUUCUUCACAACGCGGAGACUCAAGUCAUAUACCGGGACUUCAAAACUUCUAACAUACUUAUUGAUUCGGACUACAAUCCCAAGCUUUCUGAUUUUGGGUUGGCUAAAGACGGUCCAACAGGUGAUAAAAGCCAUGUCUCCACAAGAAUCAUGGGUACUUAUGGAUACGCAGCUCCUGAGUAUCUUAUGACAGGUCAUUUAACAACCAAGAGUGAUGUCUAUAGCUACGGUGUUGUGCUUUUGGAGAUACUCUCUGGACGUAGAGUUGUAGACAAGAACCGUCCACCGGGUGAGCAAAAGCUGGUGGAUUGGGCAAAACCGUUGCUUGCAAACAAGAGGAAGAUCUUCAGAGUUAUUGAUAACCGUCUCCAAGACCAAUACUCGAUGGAGGAAGCGUGUAAAGUAGCUACACUAGCGCUGAGAUGCCUGACGACAGAGAUAAAGCUGAGACCAAACAUGACUGAGGUUGUUGCCCACCUCGAACACAUACAAACUUUGCAUGAAACAGGAGGAGGAAGAAACAUUGAUAAGAUGGAGAGGAGAACGCGUAGGAGAAGUGAUAGUGUUGUGGUGAGCCAAAAACCUAAUGCUGGUUUCGCUAGACAAAGUGCUGUGGGUGGAAUAGCAGCUGCGUAUCCACGUCCCUCUGCUUCGCCUCUGUUUGUCUGAUGAUGUUCUGUUUAGUUCUGUUUAGUUCAGAUGUACAGUUUUGUUUCUGCUUAUGUAUUGAGAGGAUUCAAGUUCAUGGCUCGUCAGAGAUUUGACAAUUGAUGUUUGUAGUGCGGAGAGUUGACUAACAAAAAGUAAAAAUGAUGGUCUCAUGUCUUCAAUUUGAAGCUUUGUUAUUUAAUAAGAAGAUUUACAGUGAAACAAAACUA